CGUGGUGGGGAGGCCGUGCUAUCGCGAGAGCUCCGGGUUCUGGAGCCGAUCCUCGGGUGGCGAGGUGUCUGGGUCGGUCCAAGGUCCCCUCGGCUCACCGGAAGAAGCGCUGCCAGCUGGAACGGUGAGCAGAAUGAAUACUUCCCUGGAACAGAGUGGCUGCUACAGUAAUAGAGAAACACUUUUGAGGUGCAGUGAUGCACGGAGGGAGCUGGAGCUUGCUAUUAGUGGAGUACUCCGGGCUGAACAGCAAAUUAAAGAUAACUUACGAGAGGUAAAAGCUCAGAUUCACAGUUGCAUAAGUCGCCAUCUAGAGUGCCUUCGGAGUCGUGAGGUGUGGCUCAAUGAACAGGUAGAUCUCAUCUACCAGCUUAAAGAGGAGACACUGCAGCAGCAGGCUCAGCAGCUUUACUGGCUAAUGGGCCAAUUCAGUUGUCUUAUUCAUCAACUGGAGUACACCCAGAACAAAGAUCUCGCCAAUCAAGUCUCUCUGUGCCUGGAGAGACUGGGCAGUUUGGCUCUUAAACCUGAAGAUUCGACUGUCCUACUCUUUGAAGCAGACACAUCUGCUCUGCGCCAGACCAUCACCACAUUUGGAUCCCUUAAGACAAUUCAAAUUCCUGAGCACCUGAUGGCACAUGCUAGCUCCUCAAAUAUUGGGCCUUUCCUAGAGAAAAGAGGCUAUAUCCAGGUGCCAGAGCAGAAGUCAGCAUCCAGCAGCACAGCUGUUUCUCUCAAUGAAUGGCUUCUUGUAAGCAAACCUGCCAUUGGUCAUCAGGCUCCUUAUGUACCCAGUACCAACCCACAAGACUGGCUUACCCCAAAACAGACCUUGGAGAAUAGUCAGACUUCUGCCAGAGCCUGCAGUUUCUUCAGCAAUGCCUGGGGCAAUCUAAAGGGCUUAGAAAACUGGCUCCUCAACAGUCAUCAAGACAUUCCU